AUGUUGAUCUUUGAAUUAGCAACAAGAAGCCCUAGGGCCUCUGCCUUCACCCACCUCCAGCGCCUCCAACAAGAAGCCCUAGGUCCCCCGCCUUCACCCACGUUCUCACAGUCGAUUGUAAAUUGGUUUGAUGUUCUUCCAAGAUUCAUGGCUUACACAUCUCUCAAUUCUCUUUCUGUUGGUGAAUCUGCUCUUUUUUGCUCUCGAACGAGGGUUUUUUGGCUUCAGGGACUUUAUAAAGGGGAAGAAAAGAAUGAGAUGCAUUUAGGUGUUUGUUCUAGAAGCAAUGAUGUGAUUGAACCUAUGAUUAAGCCUCAGUGGUAUGUCAACUGCAAUGGUAUUGCUAAAAAAGCUCUUGAUGUUUUAAUGGAUGAAAAUAACAAGAAAAUUGAUAUACUUCCAAAACAGUAUGCUGCUGAAUGGAAAAGAUGGCUUGAGAACAUUUGUGAUUGGUGUGUAUCAAGGCAGCUUUGGUGGGGCCACCGAGUUCCUGCAUGGUAUGUGACAUUGGAGGAUGCUAAACUGAAAGAGCUUGGAGCAAACAUGGAUCAUUGGGUGGUUGCUAGGGAUGAGAAAGAGGCUGAAGCUGAGGCUAGAAAGCCUGAUGAUACUCAAGAUUUGAAGACUUUUUAUCCAACUGCUGUUCAUGAAACUGGGCAUGACAUUUUGUUCUUUUGGGUUGCUGCUAUGGUAAUGCUUGAGAUGAUAUUAGGAGGCGAUGUACCUUUCCAAAAGGUGGCUGGUGGUUUAGCUUCCGAGACACCUCACAUGAUAAGUGCAGCUGUUAAAGGCAUAACUCCAUUGAGUUAUGAGUUUACUUAUCUUGUAUCCGCUGCUUUUAGUGUUUUUCCAUCCUCUUUUCUUCUUCUUCGAAGAAAAAACAAAGAGAUAAUUAAAGUGAAGCUACUGCUUGAAAUGCUUGUGAAGAAAUGUGGUAUUGAUGCUGUUAAGGAAGUUAUGCCUGAAGAACAUAUGAGGCUGCUUACUAAUAUUAGAAAGAGGAUGGUUACUGGAUCGCCUCUUUUUUUGAAAGAUGAAGUUGGUAAGAGCCUGUUUUUAGGGUCCAUUCAAGUUCUAGUUGUUGCUUUUAAGAAACGGAAAGUCAGUCUUUGUCAUGAUGACUGCUAUAAGCAGAGUGAUGAAAUGGAUCAAGGUGAGCUAAUAGAGAAUAGAAGGCUAGACAAUUACUACAAAAAUACAUUAGUUUUCCAUGUUGGUAACUAA